CCUCCUCCUCCUCCUCCUCCUCCUCCUCGAGGGUCAGUGGAGACCGGCUGUGAUUUAGAGCGGCCGAGGCACUGAAGAACAGCACAAUGGCGGGUCAUAACCAACUUUGCAUUCGCCGUUGGACAACUAAGCAUGUGGCCAAAUGGUUGAAGGAAGAAGGCUUCUUCGAGUAUGUGGACAUCUUAUGCAAUAAACACAGACUUGAUGGGCUCACACUCCUGACAUUGACUGAAUUUGAUCUGCGGUCCCCUCCCCUGGAAAUCAAAGUACUGGGGGACAUCAAAAGGCUAAUGCUGUCAAUACGCAAAUUGCAGAAACAGCAUAUGGAUGUUUUGGAGGAGAUGGGCUACAAUAGUGACAGUGUGGGUCCCCUGACACCUUGCAUCACUUCUCUUCAGGGUUCAGACUGGUUUUGUAAUGGUGAGCUUCCCCGGGACUGUGAUGGACCCAUUACCGAUUUGAAUUCGGAUCAGUACCAGUAUAUGAAUGGGAAAAACAAGCACAUUGUUAGAAGAUUGGAUCCAGAGUACUGGAAGACAAUAUUGAGUUGUGUGUAUGUUUUCAUAGUGUUUGGGUUUACGUCUUUCGUCAUGGUUAUAGUUCAUGAGCGAGUGCCUGACAUGCAGACGUAUCCACCGCUACCAGACAUAUUUCUAGACAGUGUUCCUAGGAUUCCAUGGGCCUUCGCCAUGACAGAAGUAUGUGGUAUGGUGCUCGGCUAUAUUUGGCUGUUGGUUCUUCUCCUUCACAAGCACAGAUCAAUACUGUUACGAAGGCUCUGCAGUCUGAUGGGUACUGUCUUCUUGUUGCGCUGCUUCACCAUGUUUGUCACCUCCCUCUCCGUGCCUGGACAGCACCUGCAGUGUUCUGGGAAGCUGUAUGGCAACGUGUGGGAGAAACUUCAUCGAGCCUUCGCCAUUUGGAGUAGUUUUGGCAUGACCCUAACUGGAGUACACACUUGUGGAGAUUACAUGUUCAGUGGCCAUACCGUUGUCCUGACUAUGCUGAAUUUCUUUGUUACGGAAUAUACACCAAGGAGCUGGAACUUCUUGCACACUUUAUCCUGGGUCCUCAACCUCUUUGGAAUCUUCUUCAUUUUGGCCGCACAUGAACAUUACUCGAUUGAUGUGUUUAUUGCAUUUUAUAUCACCACGAGACUCUUUUUGUAUUAUCACACGCUGGCCAAUACCAGAGCCUAUCAGCAGAGUAGAAGAGCAAGGAUUUGGUUCCCUAUGUUUUCCUUUUUUGAAUGCAAUGUUAACGGUACAGUACCUAAUGAGUAUUGUUGGCCUUUCGCAAAACCAGCAAUAAUGAAACGGUUAAUUGGAUGAAGAAUGUCCCCGUAAAGGAGUCAUGAUUUAAUCUCCUCAAGAAGUAGACAUUAAGCAUACCAUUACAUCUUUCUCCGUACAUUGUCUCCAGAUGCCUUGCUUCUUGGCUUGAACAUUCCCAAAGUGCUGCUUCCUGUGCUUUAAUAAGAUUGUGAUUGUAAUAAGUAAGGCUGGACUAUCCAAGGCCUCUAGUAGAUGUUCCAUCAGUUUGAACAGAAACCUAAGUAGUUUGUACCCUUUAGUCAGGUUUAUGUUAGGCCUGAAGUCAGGAUGUAACUGGUGCCUAUUUAAUAUCUGCUCACUAAACUUAACAUUAAGCUGCUUUUCUGAUUGAAGGGAUCUCUGCUGAUUCCUGGUACACUUCUAUCAAGAACAUCACAUAAUAUUUUUUUGAAGAUGCUGGUUUUCUUCAAAGAAAAAAUGAGCAAUACUCAGUCUUUAAAAUGAUCUGUGCGUGUUUUAUAAUAUGAAAUCCCAAAGAACGGCUAACAUUUUGAGAAGCAUGUGCUUUCUGAAACUCCAGCUCCAAAAAAAAAAAAAAAUACACACCAGGAUUUCUGAAAGUAGGAGAAAUAAGAGGAGCUAUGAAUAAGGUAAACAGAAUGCCAAGAAGAAAUCACUUGCCUCUGACAGGUACAAUUUUUGUCAGGGACAGCACUGGCAUUUGUAACCAGAGCUUACAUAAAGGGAUCAAACAGUAACCUCUGUCCUCCUUCCAUUUUGUGGCCUUCUUGUGGCACUUCAGUAGAUGUUUAUGAGGGAAGAAUAGCCACAGCUAUAGAAAAUAAAAUUGGCGUAAUUUUGGUAGUACAGCCACCUGGAAACUUUGUGUUGACCCUUUUGUCAUACAAUUGCCAACCCAAACCUAUAUAUAUAUAUAUGUGUUUAUAUAUGUGUGUACACACACACACACACACGUAUAUACCUACAUAUAUAUAUAUACACACCUAUAUAUAUGUAUAUAUACUUCUUUUGGUAGGUUAUUUAAUUAACAAGAUAGGGCUUUCUAGUAAUAUUGUCAAAUAUUUUAUAUGCCCUUUAUAUGGGAAGUAUGCAUGUGGUAAUUUUCCCCUGCCUUCCCCCCUCCUUUCUCCCACCUCCCUCUCCCCCCAGGAAAAAAAUGUAAUAGUAAAUUUCAAAAACUGUUUAGCUUUUUAAUUUGGGGGAAGAGGGACGCUGAAGUUUCUAGUAUCAGUUUAUUCAUUAUCAGCAAGUCUCCAUAUAAUUUGAACAUGGACCAGAUUUUUUUAUUUUACAGACUUGUAUAUAAACUCUGCCUGCAUAAUCUUAUUUUAGCAGUCAGCAAAUUAAAGUAAGCUGCUUGUUUACAACACUAGAAGUUAAGUGUUCUGUGUAAUUUAGCUUCUGUGAACCAUUAGCCACUUUAAAAAAAAAAAAUUCCUGAUAUGUGGUUGGGACUGGAGAACUGGAAUUUGCAUCUAGAAUUUGAAGUCCUCCGGAGGCAGGCUCAUCCACUUGUCCAGCUACCAAGCUUCUUUACAUAGAAUCUUAAUUGUGCCAUCAAAUACUCCUUUUUAAGCUCAUGAAAUCUGCUUUGAUAUAUUUUUUGAGGUCCCAAAUAAGGCCACUAGAACUGCAACCUGUCCCCUCCUCGGUUAGGUGACAUCUUUUCAUUUAGCACUUUAAUUUACUACAUUUUAUUUAUCACCUUCAGAAUUUCCAGAACGAAUAGCAAGAAAAGGCUAAUGUUUCUUCCAUCUGCAAGAUCGUCAUCUAGUACUGCGUGACCUCAAUUUGGGUCUGCUUUGAACUCUGAGUUUAGGAACUGCCAUUGUAGUUCACGCAUGAGUAUCUGGGUGAGAAAUUGUAUGUGGAACCAAGCUAAUUUAAGCUUUAUUAUGCUCCAUUGUCUGACACUUCCACUUAUAACAUCUUAGAUUGCAAAUCAUAAUAUGUGCUGGGGACAAAAAUGCUAGCAUUUCAUUCAAAGAUAUUGAAUCAGCUUUAGGAUGACGUGGAACGAUGAUGGCUUCUUUUGCUAAUAUUAAACCAAACACACUCCUGCUCUAGAGGUCAGAGGGUGGUCGUGGUCUUGCUUUAUUUUAUAGAUGGCAGAGGAGAUGUGCCUGUACCCCUUGGGAACAUAGGAAUAGUGUUGCUUAGGUAGGGAAGACCAGAUUCUUGCUUUUGGACAACCAUGAAAAGAAAAAAACCUGUCACAUUAAUUCAUGUGUGUUGAAAGCGUGAUACAUUUUCCCUAAAAGUUGGGCACAUUUCUUUCCUAUGCUUUCUAGGAUAGAAAAAAGUAGAAAUCAAAAAUGCAGUUAACUUUGCAGAGCCAUUGACAGUGAGAGCACCGAGCCCCAGACUGCUGGCUGGAUUAAUUAGCUGUCAGAAUUGUGAAAUCAGUUUUUGGUCUUGCAUGUAGUCAUCGCUACUGUUGGAGCAAAAUAUAAGCUAAGGCUUCUAAUUUAUUGUAAAAAUUAUUACAAGACACUGUUUACAUAAACAAAAGUGAUCACCUCAAAGUCUCUUUCCUGGAAUACUUUGAGGCAAAAUCCCUUUUGGUUUUUUCAAUGUGAAAUUUAAAUUUUUGUUACUUUUUUGUCCUGAAAUUUCCUCCUCUUGUAAUAGAUAUUUUCCUUUCUCUUGUUGAGACCCAAACCGUAAGUGAAGGUUGCAUACUGAUGUUUACAUUUUGGUCUUGAUAGGGAAAGCUGCACAGCUAGGUUGAUACCAUUGUUUUGUUUUAUUCUACUACUGUGACUUUAAGGGGCUUGGGUCACCAAGAAUUCCUCCCUAUUGCACACUUCCUUUGUGACUGUUCCAUGGAGGUGUUUUGUAAGGAGAGGUGAAAGCUUUUGCUUCGUGUGAUUUAAAAGAGAGAGAUUUUGCAUCUCAACUGCUUGCAAUUUGGGGGCUCAGUGCUGCCUGAGGCCUUACCAAUCACCACUACGGGCAGUUAGUGAUUGAGAAGGAGGAGCUGUGGGGAAAAUCAGGGCCAAGUACUGGAAUGAUGUUUCCUUGGGGAAAACUUUUUCCAUUCUUCAAGUUAGCCCCACUGUACCUCUGAAAAUGUUCCCCUUUCCCACUGCCAGGAUCUCCAGACCUAAAUUGAGGGAAUCAGAAUUCAGAAACCAAGCAAGUAUCACGUCUCUUUGACUGCUCUGGUCUUUUAAAAACAGAAACCGGUGAGAGACUCUGCCUUGGGGUGAGAAAGUUGAAGGGAUAUUGGUUGAAAAAGGAAACUCCACCAUCCAGAAACUCGCCAUAAGCGUUGGUACGUGUGUAAAAUCUUUCAUCACGUGUGAUCACUGACUGCAAAUAUGUUGUUGCAUGGCUCAAAAGAGACCUGAAACGGUGUGUUGCACGGCUCAAAAGAGACCUGAAAAAGUGAGGCUUGAGAAGAGCAGAGUAUCGUGUGGAUGGAUUCAUUGCACUAAACUCCAUAAUAACUUUAAACAGAAUAGAUUUCCAGGAAAUCUGUUGAUAUCUUCUGUUUAAAGUAGUAUUUGUAACACUAAUUUGCUACUGUGUAUUUAACAAAAAGUAACUAUCACAGUUAUUGUUUUGUGAUACUUAUUAGAAAAUGCCUGAGCAUCUAACAAAAUUCUUGUUUUAAUAUGCUAAUCAACUAAAUUUAACACUUCAGUGAUCUCUUUAUAGACUUCAGGUAUCACUUAACAAAAUACUUCUUUUCAUGAAUUAUUCCAUCCUGUAAGAAGUUUAAGAAAAUAAUUAUUUUCGGUCUUUUGUCAGUCUUAAAAGAUAUUUAAGGAACGUUAGGAACAAUAUCUUGAUGUUUUCUAAACAGUAUUGGUUGUUUUGAACGUUCUCAAAGCCAACAAAAUAUGCCAGCACUACUAGGCAGCUUUAGCAGUUUGUGUUGGACAGAGGCUUGGAAAUUGAAUUACCUCAAAGCAAACUGGAAGGUGAUCUUUGGCAUCAAGAGCCAAGUUGACUCAGCUGGUCAGUGAGAAAUGGUAAUGCUUUUGUGAUGUUUCUUAAGAUUUGGAAAGAUUAGGUUCAUUAUGUAUAUUUUUUUUCCAAGGCCUCCCAAUUUCUAGUGAAUGAAAUAUGAUUGUUUUUCAGUGAGCCUAGAAGCAGCGUAGGCUGACUCCUCCAAAUCAUACUUCACUGGCCCUCAUUAAAAGGCUGCUCCUUACCACACCUUCUGCCCAAAACCAAUAGACCAACACUAAGAAGCAUUUUUCAGAGAAUUGCGUAUUGCGGUGUAAAUGGCUUCAUGGCACUCAGAGUCGGUGCUUGGAGGAACGCUAAAAGUAGGAUGCAGCGUUCAUAUUUCAAACUCCAUGUCUCCCAAUCUUCGUCGAUUUUUAAAAAGCUGCCGGGUUGAGGCCGAAGAACUGAACCGCUGUUAGCUCGGUGAGGGGGAAGUCGUGUUAAAAUAUUACCGUUUAACAGUUUUAUAGCCAUUCAUCAUUCAAGUAAACCGUUGGAACUGUGGAGUCAUUUGAUGUAUGUUGUACUAACGUAGGACAUGGAGACUGGUGUUCGAAAUGUUUUGAGGGAGCUACUCUCAACUAGGAUGCAAAUAUUUCAUUUUGGAGGUUGCACUCAUUCCGAAUGUCUCCCUCCCAGUCCUCGGAGAGAAACUAGCGUUACUUGAAGGUGUAAAAAAUACCCGUGGCGGCGUACCUUGAAGCACAGUAUUGUAAAUAAGUAAAUAUUGUCUUGACUCUAAAUUUAAGCCCAGAUUUAAUUAAUAUAUUAUUUUAUAUCUUUGUUGUAUUAAAACAUAUUUAAAAGCACUAAAAAUAAAACCUUUGAAA